GAAAGUUGAUUGCCAACUCCCGAAACCCAGGCUGAAGGAGCUUCUUCCCACUUUCCGCAAACCGCCUAUUAAAACGUGACUUCAUUAGGACAGAGAAAGAAGCCGCAACUUCAGAAUUUCCCUCGGAGUAAGCUAGCCUGUUCACCCCGGUUGUUGUCUUCGCACGCCGACAUGCCGGAAUACAUGGACGACCCGUCGCAGCUCACCAAGGACAAGCUUAAGAGCGAGUUGCUGGCCCACAACGUGGAGCUCCCGACCGGCAACCACAACAAAGACGUGUACGUUCAGCUUUAUCUGGAGAAUUUGACCGCGCAGAACAAGAAGCAUGUCGCCGCCGCGACUUGGGACGGCUUCUCGAGUGACGAGGAGCUGCCCCCGCCCGUGGUCUCCAGCAGAAACCGCUCAUCGGGCAAAAAAGCGCCCAGGAAGACGGACAGGAUUCGGCCGGACGAGUUGGACGUGACCGCCCUGACUGACGACUACCUAAGGGACGAGCUGCUCAAACACGGAGUCGAUGCCGGCCCGAUUGUUGCAUCAACGCGCAAACUGUACGAGAAGAAGCUGCAGAAGCUCCUCGAUGACGGCCCCGCGCAGACGACAAUCACAAAGAUAGUGGUGACCGACAUCCAAGUCAACCACAACGGCAACUCCGAAUCGGACCUUUACAGCGACAAGGAGGACGAUGUCACAGCUGAACUGGAGCCCGAGCCAGUGGCUGAACCUGAACCUGAACCUGAACCAGUUCCGGUGGUGGAGAGGCCAGUUCGGAGCCGAGGGAAGAUGCCACUCGUGACCCGCACUCGCAGCAGCGAGCACAAGACAGUGGAGAAGAUAGCAGCCCAUGACCAAACCCCCAAGGUGGACGAGAACGAUAUUCUGAAAGAGCUCUUUGUCAGUGAUGUCAAUAGUCCAACAGGCAUCAUGGCCACUUGCAGGCGGCCAAUCCGGGGAGCCGCCGGUCGCCCGGUGAUCUCCAGCGAUCUCUGGAAUGCCGAGAGCUCUCUUUUCUUUUCUCCCAAAACGACGAAAAGCCUCAGCACCUCCACCUCUUCCUCCUACACAGAGAGCCGCGUUAUCAACAGAAUCAACAGCUUGCCAAACUCCUCCUCCUCGAAAGGCUUGUCCAGCAGGAGCACGUCCGCGCUUCUGUCUGCACCUCCACCUUCUGGUCCAACAAAAGUGGUGCGUCCGGGAAUGUCUCUGUGGAAAAAGGUGCUCCUCGUGGCAGUAGGUGCCGCUUUCAUGUUCUUUAUUUACCAAGCCAUGGAAACCAAUACCAUGAACCCGUUUUCAACAGCUGACUCCAACGUGGCCAGCAAAGCAUGAAGUUUGGGGUGAAGGUAGUCGGGGAGGACUGAUUGCUCAUAACAUUUACAUUUAUCUGUGAAUCACCUUUUUUUUCCGUAGAUGGUCUGAAAUGAUGAAAUGAUCAUUGUCCACGUUGUUUCCUCAUUUUUUUUCUGACUGGAUGUUGGCCCAUCCUUUGAAAUCAGGACAAAGCCAGCCACUUAUAUAAAAGCCCAAAUUACCAUAACUGAUGUGGACUCACUAAUACUGUAUUUGUAUCUUUUUUUUUUUUUUUUUUUAUACUUGCAUGGUGUGUUUGAACUUACUGUGGAUGAAAGAUUGCUUCUCACACUUGCCUUUGAGCGCAAGUCUUAUUAGUCGUAGCCUUGAAGGUAGAUGGGUUUUUAUUUUGUACUUGAGCCAGCUUUGUAGGCUUAUUAUCCAAAUAUAAUGUAAGCCUUAUAAAUAUUUUUCUUCAGUGUUCUCUUUAUAAUAAAUGUCUUACUACAUUCUACCUAA